AUGGAAGGUCUCCAAACCCCCGGCGUUCAAAUGGCCUGUGACGAAAAACUUGUCGACCUGGAAUAUGCAGACGAUAUCGUUCUCAUUUUCGGGGAGAACGCGCAGGUGUUUUUAGAUGAACUCAUCAAGGUCAUCCCUUUGGUAUCAUCCUUUGGUAUGCACUUUACACCCACAAAGUGUAAGGUCAUGUUCGGGGACGUGCGGUCACUGAACACGCCACUUACAAUCCAGGGAGAGGUAUUGGAAGUUGUGGAGCGUUUUACGUGUCUUGGAAGUUGUAUUAGUUCUGACUGUAGUGUGACAGAUGAGCAAACACACCCUGAUAGCGCAGACUCACUGCGAGUAAAACAUCAUUUCGGCACACACACUUACAUCUUGGAGGCAGCCUUAUCGAGGAAAGUGGCCUGUUUGUGGACUAGUAUACCUCGAACAGCUGUAACACCCUUCUGGUGGUGCCUGGCUGCCAUGUCACCCGAAGGAAGCACGAGGGCUGGGAUACUGUCAGGUUGCCCAAGCCUAGACAGGGGAAUUCGAGAGGCAGAGGUCGGGUUCGAACCACGGACUUGCCGGUCAGUAAAUUCACGCUCUGACCACUUGGGCCAUCUCGCCUCUGAACAGCUUGCGAAUUCUGGUUUGGUUUUCCAAAAGGAAACUGAAUGUGCUGCACCAGGCCGCCUCAUGAUUCAGCUGAUACGAUACUUGAGAUAUCAUGAUAGAUUGUGGGACGAUCAAGUAGAACAUAAGGUUGACGGAAACCCGGGGACUGUGCCUACCUGA